CCUUCCCUCUUCAUCUCCAUCCUCAGCCCAGAACCAGAGAUUUCUUCCCUCAAUUUUCAGUUGGUUUCAUCUCUGCUUUAUAUGCGAAAGGAGCAAUUAGAAUGAGCAACAUUCCGACCUCCCUCACAGACUCAGCUCUCACCCUCUUCAACCUCGCCAUCUCUUCCUCCGAUCCCUGGCCUUUCUCCGCUGUCUCCCUCUUAUAAUCCCCAGCCACCACCGUCCACCGCCGCUAGCUUCUUAAUUUCAGUUUCCUUUACACAUAUUACGUUUCGGAUUUUCGGCUAAUAUGGGGAGCAGUAGCGUCGCGUCAGAGGAGAGCAUAACACAGACGAUUCCACCAGCCGCCGCCGACGGCGGCGGCGGCCACGGGGGAGGGGGAAAGCACCACCACCACCACUUCCAGAUCCACUUCCCGCACCUGGAUCUGUUCGGCGGCGGGGCGGCGAAGAAGGGGAGGGUGGCGGUUAUGGUGGGGGAGGAAGGGGAGGAGCAGCAGAGGUUCGUGGUUCCGGUGAUCUACAUCAACCACCCGCUGUUCCUGAGGCUGCUGAAAUCGGCGGAGGAGGAGUUCGAUUUCCACUACCACAAAGGGCCGAUCACCAUCCCUUGCCACGUGGAGGAGUUCCGCAACAUCCAGGGCUUGAUCGACCGGGAAACCAACAACAACCUCCAUCAUCAUCACGGCCACCACCACCACCACAGCCAGCUCUCGUGCUUUAGGGUUUGAUUCGAUUGGAUUGGAUUCGCCAUUGAUACACAUUGUAUUUUGUGUGGUUCAACGAUAUACAUACAUUUGAUUGUUAUGUUGUUAUUAUAAAUUGAUUUAAUUGUGUAAUACGAAUUGCUAUUAAUGUAUCAAUAAAAAAGGGUAAGAAGAAAAAUGUGUGGGUUGUGAUCAAUUGCGACAUAUGUUUGAUGUACACGAGCUAGAUGUCCUCAAAUUGUUUGCUCGUAUGAAUUUGUUUGGUUUUCAUGUAGUUGUGCUAGUAUUCGACGAAUCGAUAGCUGUUUAAGAUCGAGCUUUUUGCCUUUUUCUCUUUUUAAUGACUUUGUUGAUGCAAUUUGGGGUGGAGUGGCCAAGUAAUCUUCCAACUUUCUUGUAAGUGGGAGAAAAGUAGUUGUGCCAAGUUGGGAUUGUACGUUUUGCCUUUUGGGCUUAUUGGAGGGGUUUCUUGUUGUUGUUGGAUGGAUGGAGAAGGAAAGGGCCAAACGCCCAACGCCUUCAACCUUGCUUCAUGCUUGCUCUUUGAUUGUAUGGUUGCGUUUGCUUGGUUGGGGCCUUUUUCCCCCUCCUUUAAAUGUCACAUUCCAUUCCCUUGCUCCUUCAAUUUUGCUUCUUUUUUAUAAAAUUACAUGAUUAGGAUGAUUUUUUCUAACAAACAUUGAUGGAAGGUUUUGAUUUAAAGUUGCAAGUGGAGCAACUGGCCAAUUCACAAGAGGUUGAGACCGAUUCAGGUGGCGACAUCAACAUAUCACUAUACGAGAUGAUGAAUCGAUAACGAUUGUGCAUGUAUGAGGUUGAAGAUUCUUUUAGAGAAAUGAAAUCUAGUUGGGUUCUCGUCGAGACUGAUUACUUAUUUGCGCACUGCAUCUUAUUGAUAUCGCGGACAAUCGACUUUCUUGGUACCCACGAGAGAAACUAAUUUUGUUGCUGAUUAUCACAUUGUUCACGAGCAUCGGUAGUUUUUUAUUAUUAUGAAAUUAGCCUUUCAAAUUAAUACAUUUACUUAUGAAAUUCUCUGUAGUUGUUGCAACAUCAUAUUUGGCUGUCUUCCAUCCAAUAACACAAGAAUUCCAGUUUGGAAAAUAUGAACACAUCGGCAACAAAAUUCCUACCUUGGAGAGACCCAUUUUCAGCAGUCAAGCAUUAAUUAUCUAAUCCAUGGUACCCCAUCUAAUAAUUAUAAAUGGCUAACAACAAUGAUGAUGUGUCUUCCACUAAGCCAAACCCAAUAGAUGACAAUCUAAUCAUAACUAAUUAUCAAGAAUAUAAGUGGUCUAUCUUUACAUAUCAAUUUUUUUGUAUAAGUAUCCUAGAAAGAACACAAUUAAAUACAAAAUAUACAAAACCCUCGAAAGAUACAAAAUUUUGCCAAUUGCAAGCACUUGAUUUGGUGCCGUUGUGCGCAUGGUGGCCGGAGUCACCCAACAUCAUCAUGAAGAAAGGUUAAUAAUAAUAUUUAGUGGUUGAUUAAUGGCAAAUCGGAAAUGGGGUUAGGUUGGUUGGGUAUCCCAGUUUCAAAGGUUAUAAUAAUAUUUGCGUCACUACAGUACAACUAAUUACUUAUUCAUAAAUUGACAUAAAAUUAAUUAAUUAUAUUAUAAACGAAUUCUAAUUGCAAUAAAGACCUAAUUGGAUCUAUUUUAUCCUUAUGCCUAUUCGAUUUUUUCCCAACAACCCUGUAAUUGUCUAGCGACAUCAACAAUUCCACUAGUUUUGAUUCUACGAAUUACAACUUCAAAUGUAAAAAGAGCAUUUUUCAGCUUUGAGUUAUAUUAAGAACAAGUUUCCAAGUCGAUUUGGCAACCAAUUUGCUAAUGCAAAUUUAGUGAGAUACAUUGAAAAAGAAUUAUUUAAUAGUGUAGACGAUGAAUGUUUUUGCGUUUCUUUCGCAAUAUGAAAUCUCUCCGUGGUUGUUAAAAAUAAUGAUUGUAUAGUCGGUUAUUUUUAAUCUAUGAAUGAAGUAUGCAGAUCUAA